AUGGUCAGAGGAGACAGGCUCUCGGGACAUCUGUCUGUCUGUCCUCCGGUACUCGGCAACAACCACGUCCUCAGAGCGAACGUGAUCAGGCUCGUGGCUGCCGAGCGGGACCUGCGGCUGGUGAAGAGGGACCCCAGCGUGGAACGCUUCCAGUAUCAGCUCCUGACCGGCUCACAGAUCACCAGGUGCGGCUGCGGCUCAGAAAGAUGGAGAGGGCCUGGCUCAAGCUGGGACCCACCCUGA